AUUUUAAUGCCCUGCUUUUCAUAAAUGUAUGAACUAGAGCAUGUCUUUGAUUGCCUGACAUUCACACGUACAACAUUUAUUAUGUUUGGUACAGUGGCUGAGCUUAAUCACGUGACAAAUUCAUCUCGAAGACAAUGGUUUCUCAAACUGUUUACACACUAUACUCGAUAAACGUGUGAUUUGGUAGGCAGUCGUUGAAGUGACUACAGAUAACUAUCUGUCGGUCUUCAAAUCAUGAGCUGAUCAUCUUUAAAUCAGUGGUCGAUUUGAUCAGGUCUUGGCAGUGUUCGAUUUGACCCCGGAGCCUGUGACGGAAUAGAGUAUUAAUUGGGGUUUACUUCUGUGCAUGUUUUGUUUCUACACCUUCAGAUUAAAACAUUAAGGUCGUUCACAUCAUAAUUAAGAAUCAUUUCUUUUACAUGCUUUCUUAGUGGAAAGGUAGGUUUAAUUAUUUAUAUACACGUGUGUACACACCAAAACUUGGAGCAUCCUUUGUUUGAUAACCUGAUCAGUGAUUGAUCAUUAUUCACCAUGGACCUCAAUCAAGCUAAGGAAGCAUUUGAACUGUUGCUGCACAGUGUGCGACCAGGGGCAACCCGGCAGUUUAUUGCAUGGCUUGAAGACCGAAUUGAAGAUGAACAACUGAUGAUGGAAAAGGAAUGGAGCAGACAGGAUAAAAUACUUGACAGCAUAAGGGAGGAUAUAAGGGGAAAAUUACCACUAACAGCCAUGUCGGAUACAGAAACCAUCCACAUUCCACAGUACAAGAAUCUCAACCCUAAGACAACAGUCCAUGUUGAUGCAUUCUUGUAUGAUGAUGAUUUCGUAGAAAGGCUGUGUGAAGAGGGAAAAAUGAGCCGAAAUGUCUGCACCCAGUGUGGUUCCCAUGACACUCAGCCUUUGACUCUUCUUACCCACUCGGCAUCCAUCACACAGAUCAAAUACAUUUUUCUUCAUGUUCUUCCAUCUCUUCAGGGGAGAAAAUUUGUUGACAUUGGCUCACGAACUGGUGCUAUUCUUUAUGGGGCUUACCUUUACAGUGCCUGCAGUCAGAUUAUUGGAGUGGAAAUGGAUAUAUCCUUCUGUCAUCUGCAGCAGCACAUUGUCUCUUCAUAUAACUUUCAGGACAGAAUAAAGAUUGUCCAUGAUGAUGUUUUAAAUCAGCUGAAUAUGAUAAAAAAUUGUGAUGUUCUUGUGCUGAAUAAUGUCUUUGAAUUUUUCCUCACCAGUGAGCAGCAAGUACAUGUUUGGAAACAGCUGUUUACUGUUCUUAGAAAACCUGGAACUUUGCUGGUUACUGUACCUAGCAUUGAAGAAUCUUUAGAGCAUUUGGAGACAGGAAUUGAUGUCAUGAAAUGGCUGAGACCAGUUGAUCUGAGUGAUAAACUGGAAGAGGCCAGGAUACUUCUUAAAAAAACAGAUGAUGCCGACGAACUAGACAAAAUUUACUUGUACCAGGUUGCAGCUCGAAGUCAAAAUAAAAAGGAAUUAUAAACAUACUGGACGUCCAUAAUGAUGCCUCCACUCUGGUGCCAUGACAAGAGGUGCAGGAUAAGACUCUCCUAUGCUGACUUGUGCACUAGACAACGCA